UUAUGGGGUUUAUGUAAAGGUUAUUGCAAUUUUAUUACUAACGCACCGAAUUUCACUCUUUGGACUAUCGAUUCGAACCUUCGGAAUAACAAACACUUUUCUCUUUGGACAAACAAACCUCGGGUAUACACAGCUGAUUGACAAACCUUUUUUUUUCAUUUCCAACUAAGGAACAUCUUGGUAUAUGCAAUUUACCUGUUUUAAUAUCAUACCCUCGGAAUAAUGAACCUCUAAGUUAACGGACCUUUGAUAUGAAUAACGGGCGUAUACCAUAUUAAGGAAAGGAGUCUAACAACGAGUAUUCCAACAAAAUACGCUAUUAAAUAUUUCUUCUACAAAACUGUUGUAUGAUAGUUUAUAAUUCAUGGCACGAUUCACUUGUGCGACGAAACAAAGACCGGCAAACAAUUUUCUAUUGUUUGGUAGAUAAACCAAUUUGCAAUUAUGUUUAACUGUAUAAAUGAUGCACUAUCCGUGUUCAAUGUCAUUGCAAGACUUUAAUCAAUACAAUCCUUCCAUAGGUUUGCUUGUCGGCACGUUACAUUGUUGGCUUGUUACCAGUCCCAGAGAAUAGUUAACGAUGUGUUUAACAUUACCCGCAUAUAUUUGUAGAAAAGAGUGCGAUAAAUUCUCACAAUAUUAUGAUCUCUAAAGGUUUUAAUGGUGGAGAGAAUAAUGGAUUUUUUUGCGGUAAACACCAUGUAUGUAGUCCUGAAAAGGACUGUUAGUUAUUUUUCUUGAUGAUUUGGUAGCUCUUACAAAAAAGUGUUAUCGACGUUUCGAGCAGCAUAUUCUAGUCGUCAUGAUGAUCCACUUGGGUAUUAUCCAACUCGUAUCUUUCCUCAAACGCAUACUAGUUUCGUUCGCGCACACUGGAAAAAGAUGACAGUUGUUUUUUAACCAUUUCCCAGAUAAGACCAUUUACCGUUACGAGUUGAUUAAUGAAGGUUCAAUGUAAUUUACGUUUGAUAAUGGAUCGGAUGUCUACAGUAAGGCGCCUUAGACCAGUUGAUCACAGCUCGCAAGAUAUACGCUAGAAAAUCAAAUCUCUUCACGACAAUAUACGAUUAAAAAUGAGCCUGCAUUAAAGAAAGAUUUUCUAAAUCAGUAACUUGCUUGCUUUCAGUUAUUGAUAUGUCUUUUCUCCGCAAUUAAUGAUAUUCAUUAAAAUGGGUAGGGUGUGUUAAAAUGAAAUAAUACAAAAUCAAGAAAACAUAGAAAAUAAAUUAAAAAAACAAACAAACAAACAAACAUGGUAUGAUAUAACGUAGCCUUCAACCUGUGUACUGAAAAACAGAUGGCUGAAUAACAGAACCUUGAUUAUCAGGGAAAAUAAUAAAACUUGCUUCAUACAUAGUAAAGCCAAAGUACAGUCAUCUUAUCCUCUCCAUGAAAACCGCUUUCAAUGCUAACUGAAUAUGAAUUUUACUGGUAGAAAUACAUGAAUAUUCAACUUUCUGAAAUGUAAUCAAUUUUGGGAUAAUUGAUUUAACAUAAUGUCUGGGAGGUAUCGCAAAUGUAAAGGUAGGUAUAGAAGGUCGGACAAUUAAAACGCGUUUAUUAGUGUCCUUCACACUACUAAGCCAGAAUGUUUCUUCCUCUUGAAAAUGUGAUAUAAGCUCUGUGCCUGACAAUGUAUACAACCAUUUCUUCUGCUGCAGCGAAACUAUCCCAUAGGCUCAUCAAACGCGUGAAACGUACACUGCACGAUCCCUUAUCUUACCACGCGUAAAACUCUGUUGGUAAAGAAUUCUAACUAUAAAAAACAAAACCAAUCACAAUUCUUGAUUUUCAAUUCUCUUCUUGUUUUGAAUUGCCUACAAAAUCGAAAUUAUGAAAGCGUGGAAAAGGGUCUUCCUUUUAUUGGCUGUUCUUUGCUUAAGCUCGGUUGAUGGCCAAAGCAGCGAAUCUGAGAGUGACCAAGAAGUCGAUACUGAUGACGAGGUUACGCUCGAGACUGUAUCAAGUUCCUUCUCGGCCGAGGAGGCAAAGGCUAUUCUUGAUGAACAUAAUCGUCUUAGGGGAUUGGUUUCACCAGAGGCCUCCAAUAUGCAGUUCAUGGAAUGGGAUGACGUAUUGGCUUCUACUGCUCAGAAGUGGUCCGACAGGUGCGUUUUUAAACAUAGUUCCCGUAGAAAACGCGCCGAAGGGUCAACUUUCACAUCGGUAGGAGAAAACAUUUUCGCAGAGACAGGAUCUGCAGCUGAUAUUGGUGUCCGAGGGACAGAGUCUUGGUAUAAUGAGACCUUUGAUUACGACUAUGAGGCUAACUUUUGCCCUCCUGAAAAAAUGUGCGGUCAUUACACGCAGGUUGUAUGGGCUUCUACACAAGCUGUUGGAUGUGGAAAAACAUUUUGCGCCAAGAUAAAAAUUCCUGGAGAGCCGGACAUGAUAGACUCUACUUUCUUCACUUGCAAUUAUGGCCCCGCAGGAAACGUGAACAGAGCUCGCCCGUACCUGACUGGUACCAGCUGUACACAGUGCCCGACAAACAUGAGCAUGUGUUAUGAAAAGAAAUGCAGUUCGUGCACUACAGGCACUACAGGCUGUGAGUGCAAGGCGUCGUGUAUGAACGACGGAUCAUUAAAAGAUGACUGUACAUGUGAUUGCCCAAACGGGUAUUUCGGCAGCGACUGUUCCUCCGUUUGUGCGAAUACUCAUAAGUACUGUGGCGCCAGUCCUGGCUGGCCAAAGUCUUGGUGCCGUGACGAAUAUCCGUAUGUACUCGAAAAUUGUCCCCUUAUGUGUGAAACGUGCAAAGCACCCCCAGCCAAAUGAGAUCUGUGAGAAAAAUCUUGACUAGGACGCUCUUUUCGGAAAGUCAGCUAGAAAGGUGGACAAUCUUCCACAUCAACUUGAUGUCCAAUAAAGCCAGACUUAGACGUCAGAGAGUUCGUGAACUUGAUAAUGGAUGAUAUCGCCUUUUUUCUUUUUAAUUUUUUGCAUUUAACCUGCAUUUGAGCAUUUUUCGUGCUAGAAUUAUUUAUCAUAAUGACUAAAUUAUCUUUGAGUGCAAUUAGAAGUAAACUUCUCAUUUCAAAAUAUUUCUUUAAUAUCAAUUAUCGCAAGACUAUGAUCAUGAAAUCAUUUGGUGUAAAGGUACUUCGCAUUCGUUGUAUGAGGUGAUUGUUUGCCUACUGGUAUAUUGAUGUAUUCCUUUGUUUAUGUAGAAUACAAGUAAUAAAUUGUGAUUCGUGGUUGGAGCAAGUUCAUACAAUAUUUAAUUGGGAAUUCCAUAUGGUACCCGAACAUAGUUCAGAUGUUCGAUCGCAGAAUGUUGUUUACAUCCAUAUCACGGCUCUAACAUUACGCUAUAGCACUAUUACAUUAUAAAAAUCAUUUUCUUGGUAAUUCAGAGAAUGUAGUCUAAAAUACAAUUCUGGAGGUGUAUUGGAAUUACUGUGACAAGUUUCCUUUUGUUUUAACAA